UCGGAAUACGAGUACCUCUGCUGUUUGGGCUGUGCGCGACGGAAGAAACAGGUUUUUUGUGCAUGCACUCUUCUUCCUUUUCUCACGCGCGUUUUGCUUGUCGAAAUUCCGAAGAAACUGAAUUCAGCCGCAGACGAAGAAGUGGACCUGCGUGCGUUGUUUUGUGACACAGUCCUGUGCUGUUUCUCCGUCUUCUCCUCUUUUCCUUCUUUAUCGGCGAUUCUCCUCAGUUUCCGGAUCCCUUUUUUUCUGCCCUCGCGGGCGCCGUCGCUUCCCUCUUCUUUUCUCCGAUUCCGCGGCUCUUUUCAGUUUCCUCUGCCCUCUCAUCGUCGAGCUCCUCUCGCUCCUGUCGCUCCUCGUCACUUCUCCCCUCGUCCUGUCGCUCUCCCGGUCUUGUCUUUUUUCGACCGCCUCCCCGGCCGGCGAGGCAGGCGGCAGGGCAGAAGUCUGUGAGGAGAGGAAACGUCAGGAAACCUGCGAAGGCCUCCGGAACAACACAGGCGAGAAGGAAACGAACACAGUGAGAGAGAGAGUGAGGAGAGCGAAACUCCACAACGCGAGAUGCGCGGAGAAGAGAGGAGAGAGAGAGCGUAGUGCUGCGGCGAGAGACAUGGACGCGAGGAAAGAAGAAGAUACGACAACCUCCGGCACACGCUUCGACGGAAGGGGAGACUCUGCUCUCAGAAUCGACAAGAGAAAACGCGACAAGGAAAAUGAGGGGAUAGAUGAGACUUCUUGUUGCGGGGAGGGGUGCGGCAGAGGUGACCCAAGGCCGUUCUGCGGCCUCUCCGGCUGAGAUUUUUCUCUGGAAUUCGCAGUCGUCUCCUCUUAGUUUUUCGCCUUUCCUUGUUUUUGGCUGUCGCUCAUCUCCUUCAUCAGAUCUUCAUCAAACUGUCUCUUCACGAGGGUCGGAGUCUUUCGUUCUUCCUCCUCCGUUACCCCUUCUUUCUGAUUACUUAUAAAUAUACGUAUAAAUAUACAUAUAUAUAUAUAUAUAUAUUUAUAUUUAUGGGGAGCUUUUUCCUCAAAAACAUGGGGAACCUGUAGCAGUUUGAUCCCUCGCGUGUCUCGCACUGUUCUUCUUCUGUUUUCUUCUUCUCGGUGUUUCUGUUCGUCUCCGCUUUCCCCGUGCUGUUUCAUCGGGCUCUCUCUCCCUGUUCGGUUCUUCUCUUCUGUUUCGCUGUUUGUCGUUCCUUCUCUCCUUGCUCGGUUCUCCAGCCUCCCUCGCCGCUCCUUCUCCUCUUCUCGCUUUCGUUUCUUCGAAUUCUCCGCGAUGCAUGCGUCUAGCGGCCUGGGAGGGCCUUCGACUUCUGCGGCCUCGCGCCGAGUGUCUGGAGCGUCUCGCGCGCGGGAGGACCGCCCUUUUGCGGCUUCUUCGAGCGAGGCCCCUGGCGAAAGGAGAGGAAAAAACGAGCGAAAUCUCUCUCGCCAGCAGCCGAGAGGCUGCACCCAGAGAGCUUCUUCGCUCGCGGCCUUUGCCGCGAUGGCGUCUGCGAAUCCCGCCGACAGACGCCCAGGCACUGCAGCUGUCCGGCUCUGCACUCUCAGCCCGAUGACGGAGCUCAGACUGGUUCUUGAGGAUCCUCAGGAAGGCGACUUGCUUGGAAAUCAGCCGAACAGAAAUCCAGAUGCCCAGACGACUGUUAUCAAAGUGCUUCGGACGGACGGCCCUGGGGGGUCUCGCGGGAGGAGUCCACGCAGCCGAGAAGAAGAAGAGGCUCCUCGAGGGUCGCUGCGAGGGACAGCAGAAAUCUUCGGCGCCGAACUUCUUCCAGAAGUCGACUAUCCGCUCUUGCCUGGCAGCUGUCUCGCUGUCUUCUCCUGGGGUGGAUGUACACUCCAGCUGCGGGGCCGCGUUCAACAGGAGUACACGGCGCCGAACGGAUCGAUGAAGGACUACCUUGCGCUGUCGUCCAUCCUCGACGCCCGCAGACAGAUCGCUGCCCUCCGGCGCGCAGUUGGGCCUCGCGUCCUCGUCGUCGGGAGCAGCUGCAGCGGAAAAAGUUCGAUUUGCUCGGUUCUGGCGAACUACGCGAUCCGCUCGGGAUGGUCUCCGAUGUACGUCGAACUCGAUCCGAGAGGCAGCGCGGACAAGCCGCAGGUGCAGUUGCCGCCCGGGUGUCUGGGGGCGACGGUUUUGGACUCGCUGAAUUUUCUGGAGGAGCCUGAGUUUCCUCUCGUCUACUUCUACGGGAGAACAGAGCCGCCGGCUGCACAAGCUGCAUGCGUCGCCGGAUCCGCGGCGCCUCGCGUUACGCAUGCGCCGGGCGCUGCGUUUCCGGACUUUGACGGAUUUCUCGAGCCGGCGGACGCCGCGGCUUCCUCGGCGCCGGCGACGCAUGCAGCAGAUCUUUUCGAGUGGUACUGCGAGUGUUUGAGCGCGAACGUCUACGCGGCCUUCGCCCAGAACCUCCAAGAGAAGCAUUGCGUUGUCAAGGCCGAAGAAGAGAAGGAAGGCGAUGUGCGUCGUCUCCUCGCUGCCUCGGGGAUGCUGAUCAACGCGCCGCCUCUAGCGAACCUCGCGCUGGUGUCGCGUCUUUUGGAAAUCUUCAACGUCGACCUCGUGCUGGUCGUCGACAAUCCGAGUCUGCUUCGCGCUCUCCAGGACGUCUGUUCGUUCGAGGAGCCUGCGAAUGAAAACAUCGCCUUGAGUCGCCUUCUCUCGCGAAGACCCAGAGCGCAAACGCAUGCAGAGGGCCAGGCGCCGGCCGGAACGGACGCGCAGGUGGAGGCGAAGACGGCGGAGGGAGGCGAAGGAAAACCUGACGAGGAAGACGACGAAGAGGACUUUUCUUUCGCGCCAAAUCCACGAGUCGAAGUCAUCGGCCUGAAAAAAAUGGAAGGCGCUGUCACGGUCGACAACGCGCGUCUCCGGCAACUGCGUCGUUCGCGCGUCCUCAGCUACUUUCUUGGGCUCGAAGGAGGCACCCGUCUCAGACCUCAAACUCUUCGUCUGCGUCUCUCAGAGUACAGCCUCGUUCAACUCGAAGUCGUGAAGCUGGCGCCGCUCUCGGCGCUCCCCGCAGAUUACGUGAGGUCCCAGAAACAGUCUCCAAUCGCUGUUUCGCCGUGGACAGGAAAUCCACUUUCGCUGGCGAACGCGCUCCUCGGUGUGCCUGCAACUCGCGACCCGGCGCUCGUGAAAUUUUCCAAUGUCGCUUGUCUUCUGCAUGUCUUCAAAGUCGAGGAAAUGCCGUCGGCGCUCGGCGAGAACGAAGGCGCGCCGACCUACGUGAUGGACGUUCACUCGCCGGCUCUUCCUGGAGGCCAGCUACCGUCUAACUUCCUCAUCGUUCCGGGUGACUUAAAGGGAAUGAAGUUCUUUUUGGACUUGAACUGAGAGCGGCGCCCGGUCUCGGACCGCUUGCUGGAAAACUCUAAAAGUUGGAGAAGCACCGUUCAAGAAAAAGCUACUCGGAAAGCUCUGUCAUGCCUCACAUCCGCAGCGACGCCCGGAGACGCGAGCUUCAGCAGGCGCGGAAGAGUCAAGGAAAGACAGACACACACACAUACAAGGCUUCAGAGAACCACAAAUGGCAUGCAUAUGCAUCACAUUUAUUUGUACAUACAUACGUAAAAGUGUAUACAUUUCUGUAUACAUUUAUCUAUAUGAAUAUACAAUUGUAUGUAUAUAUAUAUAUAUACGUGUAUGCACCCUUUAUCAAAAAGUAUCGUGUAUCCAUAUAUACGCGUAUACUGUGUGCAUAUACUUGUUUAUUUAUAUGGACUUGACGUAUGUAUUAACAUCUUUUCGAGUGUGUAGUGCAGUGCAUGUGAUGAUGCGUUAAUGUGUCGACGCUUUUGUACAGGUACACUGAGACCUUGAGGGGAAUUGUCUGUGCGCGCAUCUACUUUGCAUUUUGUGAAAACCUUUUAAAACUCGAAACUCCGUGCGUCCACAUGAACCCAGCC